AUGGAAUAUCUACCCAGUCUUCAACAGGAGUUUGAUGAGCUCAAGCCGUCUCUCUUCGAAUUACUCGCAGAACAGCAACUCUCUGAUCUCCUCCCUCCAUCACUCCGAUAUCUCCUCGCAGUCGCCACACAUCGCCAUCCGCGCUAUCUGUUACGGAUACUCAACUCCUACGACGAGGUCUAUGCGCUCCUCUCCCUCAUCGUCGAACGAUACUACCUCCGCAACUUUGGCGGCUCAUUCACCGAGAACUUCUACUCUCUGAAACGAGAACGCGUCUUACGGACCAAGAAUGGCGAGAUUCCUCGGGCGCAACUCGGCGCCCCUGGCCCCGUGCGCGAGUCGCUCAAGCUGCGCUCGUCGGACGUGUGGAAGAACCUCCUCGUCAUGGUCGGCAUCCCCUACCUCAAGCGUAAGCUGGAUGAGGGCUACGAUAUCCACGCCGCGCCGCAGGCGUCGCUAAUCAUGAGCGGCGGGCCGCGAUAUAACCCCAGCGACGACCUCCCUCCCAACCCAACGAUCCGCCAGCGCCUGAUGCACUACUACAAAUGGUUCCUGCGGAACGUCUACCCCUCCGUCAACGCAGCCUACUACUUCUCCGUCCUCGCCUUCAACCUGGCUUACCUUUUCGACAAUACGAAAUACUCCUCCCCGUUCCUUUGGCUUAUCGGCACGCGCAUCCGUCGGCUAGGCGCCGCAGACCACCGCGCGAUCGCCGCGAUGCUGGACGCCAAACCCAGCACUGGCGCUGCGGCCGCUCGCUCCCGCCCUGGCUCCGGCUUGCUAGGCCUCCUUAGCCCACAGAACCUCUACCCACAGCUCCUCACCUCGCUCCGCUACUUCCUCCCCGCUUCGAUCUUCGCUCUCAAGUUCCUCGAAUGGUGGCACGCAAGCGAUUUCUCACGGCAACUGGCCCGCAAGGCAACGGAGGUGCUCGAUUUGCCCGCGCCCGUGGUCAAGGGGAUGGUCCCGCCAUCUGAGCGGACCAAGAAAGCAGAACCAGCAACGAGCAAAGAUAAGGAUCUCAAGCCCGCGCUCAAGACCCGUCGGCGCAUGCAGCCGCCCGUCUCGGCGACUUCGUACCUUCCCAUCUUCACGGUCCCGCUUCCGCCUGCGAGCUCGGACAGCGCGUCUACGUGUCCCGUCUGUCUGAACACGCUGACGAACCCGACGGCGUGUCAGACGGGCUAUGUGUUUUGCUAUGUGUGCAUCUUCCACUGGCUGAAUGGGGAACACCAGCGACAGCAGGAUUUCAUGAAUGGUGAGAGCGGAGGCGCGGCGUGGGAGGACGAGAACACAGACGAGGAAGAGGAGAAGGGCAAGGAGGGCGCCGAGGAGAAGAAGAUUAGUCGGCAAGGCAAGUGGGAAAGUGGUAAGGGCAGAUGUCCAGUCACGGGGAGGAGAGUUCUGGGGGGAACGGAAGGGUUGAGACGGGUUCUUAUUUAA